GGGCUGUGUGUUCCCUUCAGAGACUCAUACAAGUGUCUCAUCAUGAAAGGACCUAGAUAUUUGAUUUCACUCCUCCAAGUUUUCAUUUACAUUAUGCAUUGAGAAAGUUAUGAGAAACAACUGUCACUCUCUGGGGGUGGAGACUGCCAUGAUUCACAAAGACAAGAGGAUGGAUCAUGAAGCUGCCCAGCUGGAGAAGCAGCAUGUGCACGACGUGUAUGAGAGCACAGCCCCUUACUUCAGCGACCUGCAGAGCAAAGCCUGGCCCCGCGUCCGCCAGUUCCUCCAGGAGCAGAAGCCAGGCAGCCUCAUCGCCGACAUAGGUUGUGGGACUGGAAAGUAUCUUAAAGUGAACAGCCAGGUACAUACCCUGGGCUGUGACUACUGUGAGCCAUUGGUAGAGAUUGCCCGGGAGAGAGGAUGUGAAGUCAUGGUAUGUGACAACCUUAAUCUCCCCUUUAGGGAUCAGGGCUUCGAUGCCAUCAUCUCCAUAGGAGUCAUACAUCAUUUUUCUACAAAACAAAGAAGAAUCAGAGCCAUCAAAGAAAUGGCCAGAGUCUUGGUUCCUGGAGGGCAGCUGAUGAUUUAUGUUUGGGCCAUGGAACAGAAGAACCGUCACUUUGAGAAGCAAGAUGUGCUCGUUCCAUGGAACAGAGCCUUGUGCUCCCAAUUAUUCUCGGAAUCCAGCCAGUCUGGGAGAAAGAGGCGGUGUGGGCAUCCCGAGAGAAGCCAUCCCUACCAUCCUCCCUGCUCUGAGUGUAGCUGUGCUGUUUGUUUCAAAGAGCACUGUGAUUCCAAACGGUCCCACAGCGUGGACUAUGAACCUGUCACAGCCAGAACCUGUUUUGCAAAUAUUCCUAAAGAAAGCGAGGCAGAAUACGGAUUCUAUAACACAUUAGGAAAAUCUUUUCGAUCCUGGUUUUUCUUCAGAUCUUUGGAUGAAUCAACUAUGAGGAAACAAACUGAAAGAGCGAGACCCUUGAAAACCACAGACGUUUGUGCCGAGCACACUAUCACAAUCCAACCUUCCAGGCACUCUAGUCUAGACUUGGAUCUCCAAGAGCCAUUUUCAAAAAAGGAGCAAAACUCAGAUGAGGAAGUGUUUGUGGAAACGUCUUCUCAAAAACACUUGGAGUGGCUGAGAGCACCAGGCACUGUGAAGCAUUUAAAUGGAGACCAUCUAGGAGAAAUUGGGAAAAAUGGAGGGGGGACUUUUCUGGAUAGCACUAACACCAGGGACAAUGGUGCAGAUGCAAGUAACUUAGAAGGAGAAAGCCCUUCUGCUAGUAGAAUACUGAGGAGGAUUUCUGCAGUCGAUUCCACAGAUUCCAACCCAGAUGACACAAUUUCUGUUGAAGAACAACAGGCCAACAUUUUGGAUUCCAGAGCCUUUAUGCGUUACUACCACGUGUUUCGAGAAGGCGAGCUCUACGGCUUGCUCAAGGAGAAUGUGUCAGAGCUGCAUAUUCUGAGCUCUGGGAAUGAUCAUGGCAACUGGUGUAUCAUUGCAGAGAAAAAGGAAAAUUGCGAUUGAUUGGAUCAUUUUUAGACAACUCCUCCAAAAGAUGAACCGCAUUCUUUUCACUGGGUUUGAUAUGGUUACCGGAAUUUGCACUCAGUUUUAUUAUUUUUUAAUCCAUUUAUUCUGUGGUCUGGAAAGACUACAGAUUAACUGAUCUUUUCUUAUCUUUGAGUGAGCACAGAGCCCGGCACUGAAGACACUUGAUAAAGGGUAUUUGUGCUUAAAUGUUAAUUGAAAAGAUUUGAAGAAGCAAUAGAAAAUAUACUUCCAUACAGUUUGGAUUUGUUUUCUCCCGAAAGAUGAAAUUCUUAUAAGAAUAUGUAUCUAAUGUUUUUCAGUAUUAUACAUUGAUUUUUAAAAGAUUCUUCUGUUAAAUAUACCUUGAAAAACAGUAUUUUUUACAGAGUAAGGGGUAAUUUAUGAUUCUCAGGUUAGAAUUUAGGUCUGUGUGCAAGAUAACAGGCAAACCUGGUCUAUUGCACAGAUAUAUAUUGAACCAUGUGAUUAGUUAUUUUGUUGCUAAGAUCUUGCUUCUACUUAAAGCCUUUCAGAAAAGUGAGUGAUGGUAGAAGGAACCAAGAAGUGUUAGAAGGAUUUUUCUAAAUUAUAAGCAAACUUGCUCCAAGAUAAGGUGAAAUACAGUAAUAAGGUUUUUCAGUGUUGCUUAGAAGGCUUUUAACACAUUGACUGCCACACUAGGAAAAAAACCUUUUUU